AUGGAGCGGCCCCAGGGGCAGCCGGGGGUGACAGGGGCACCCCAGGGAGUGCGGCAAGCUGGAGGUCAGCCGUGGAAGAGCGGGGCAGCCGAGGGCAUACAGCAGCCAGGGGGGCAGCAGGGGGUGACAGGAGCACCCCAGGGAGUGCAGCAAGCUGGGGGGCAGCCGGGUGUGAGUGGAGCACCCCAGGGUGUGCAGCAAGCUGGGGGGCAGCCGGGUGUGAGUGGAGCACCCCAGGGAAUGCAGCAAGCUGGGGGGCAGCCGGGUGUGAGUGGAGCACCCCAGGGUGUGCAGCAAGCUGGGGGGCAGCCGGGUGUGAGUGGAGCACCCCAGGGAGUGCAGCAAGCUGGGGGGCAGCCGGGUGUGAGUGGAGCACCCCAGGGUGUGCAGCAAGCUGGGGGGCAGCCGGGUGUGAGUGGAGCACCCCAGGGUGUGCAGCAAGCUGGGGGGCAGCCGGGUGUGAGUGGAGCACCCCAGGGUGUGCGGCGGGACGGGGGUCAGCCGGAUAUGACUGGAGCACCCCAGGGCGCGCCGCAAGCUGGGGGGCAGGUGGGGGUGUCGGGGGCACCCCAGAGUGUGCGGCAGGACGGGGGGCAGCCGGGGGAGACUGGAGCACCCCAGGGCACGCCACAAGCGGGGGGGCAGCUGGGGUCGACAAGGACACCCCAGGGUUUGCGGCAGGACGGGGGGCAGCCGGGGGAGACCGGAGCACCCCACAGCAUAGAGCAGCCAGGGGGGCAGCAGGGGGUGACAGGAACACCCCGGGGAGUGCGGCGAGCUGGGAGGCAGCCGGACGUGGCUGGAACACCACAGGGUGUGGAGCAAGCUGGGGGGCAGCCGGGGGCGAGUGGACCAGCCCAGGGAGUGCGGCAGAAUGGGGGGCAUCCGGGGGAGGCCGGAGCACCCAGGGGGAUACAGCAGCUGGGGGGGCAGCAGGGGGCGACCGAAGCACCCCAGGGAGUGCGGCAGGAUGAGGGGCCGUCAGACGUGACUAGAGCACCUCAUGGAGCGCAGCAAGCGGGGGGGCAGCCGGACGUGAUGGGGGCACUCCAGGGGAUGCAGCAGGCUGGGGGUGAGGCAGGGGUGACUGGGGCACCCCAAGGAGUGCUGCCAGGCGAGGGGCAGCUGGGGGUGACCGGGGAACCCGGGCAGUAUGGGGGCGAGGGGGGCCAGCGCGAUGAGUCUCUGUACAUGCCCCCGGCUUUCGACACACCCAUGGCUUUGGCUGAGGGCUCAGAGGCGGCGGAGGCAGUAGCGGCCGGGCAUGGGCCAGCGAGCUGCGAUCAAGGAGCGUCUGGGGGUGUUUUGGGAGGGGAGGUGGCACCAGCUGUACGAGUCUGCCUUGACCGCAGCACGCCCGGCGGUUCGCCCACUCACCUACACAGCCGCGGACCAAGACCCAGACGCCAUCCGCCUAGCACGGUGUCGGACACGGUGUAA